UUGUGUUACUUUAAAAACCCCUAAAUCAACACUUGUUUUAGAGAGCAGUGUUAGAUUGUUGAAUGUUUAGACUUUUCUGACAAUGGCAGUAUCAAAUCUGAUGGUGUUGGUGUUUUUGUGUUCUCAACUGGUGCUCAAUGGAUUUUCUUCUCCGAUUGGGCUUCCUUUACACCAGACUGGUAGUGAUCAAAUGCUUGUGGAAAAGAAAGAAGUUCCCUUGUCCUGUCCUUCUGCAAGCCAAAAUCCAAACCCACCAGUGGUAGCACAAUGCAACUUUGCUGUUCUGUUGUCUCUGAAAAAUGCAUCUGGGCUAGUUAUCCAAAAGGGUAUUGAUGUGAAGAAUUUGUCUGAGUCCAGCCCUCUCCCUGUCAAGGGGUCUGGCACUCAACCCACUAAGAUUGAUGGUGAGGACUCCAACACUCUCCCAGUUGUGGAAUCCAGCCCCCAGCCUUCCAAGGAACCCAGCACUAUCCCAGCUCGGGGACCUUGCUUUCGGCAUGCUGAAAAAUCCAGCCUCAAGCCUGCGGAAUCCACUGUAGUCCCAGAUGCUGGGUUUAAUCAUCUGCCUGUUGAGACAAGACCCCUGUUUGCUAAGGAACCCAGCACUAUCCCAACUGGGGGACCUUACACUCUGCCUGCUGAGAAAUCCAGCCCCCAGCCUUCCAAGGAACCCAGCACUAUCCCAGCUGGGGGAUCUAAUGCUCUGCCUGCUGAGAAAUCCAGCCCCCAGCCUUCCAAGGAACCCAGCACUAUCCCAGCCAGCCCUCAGCCUUCCGAGGAACCCAGCACUAUCCCAGCCAGCACUCAGCCUUCCAAGGAACCCAGCACUAUCCCAGCUGGGGGAUCUAAUGCUCUGCCUGCUGAGAAAUCCAGCCCUCAGCCUUCCAAGGAACCCAGCACUAUCGCAGCUGGGGGAUCUAAUGCUCUGCCUGCUGAGAAAUCCAGCCCCCAGCCUUCCAAGGAACCCAGCACUAUCCCAGCCAGCCCUCAGCCUUCCAAGGAACCCAGCACUAUCCCAGCUGGGGGAUCUAAUGCUCUGCCUGCUGAGAAAUCCAGCCCCCAGCCUUCCAAGGAACCCAGCACUAUCCCAGCCAGCCCCCAGCCUUUCAAGGAACCCAGCACUAUCCCAGCUGGGGGAUCUAAUGCUCUGCCUGCUGAGAAAUCCAGCCCUCAGCCUUCCAAGGAACCCAGCACUAUCCCAGCUGGGGGACCUAAUGCUCUGCCUGCUGAGAAAUCCAGCCCCAAGCCUGCAGAAUCCACUGUAGUCCCAGAUGUUGGGUUUAAUCAUCUGCCUGUUGAGACUAGCCCCCUGUUUGCCAAGGAACCUAGCACUAUCCCAGCCAGCCCCCAGCCUUCCAAAGAACCCAGAACACUCCCAGCUGGGGGACCUAACGCUCUGCCUGCUGAGAAAUCCAGCCCCCAGCCUUCCAAGGAACCCAGCACUAUCCCAGCCAGCCCCCAGCCUUUCAAGGAACCCAGCACUAUCCCAGCUGGGGGAUCUAAUGCUCUGCCUGCUGAGAAAUCCAGCCCCCAGCCUUCCAAGGAACCCAGCACUAUCCCAGCUGGGGGAUCUAAUGCUCUGCCUGCUGAGAAAUCCAGCCCUCAACCUUCCAAGGAACCCAGCACUAUCCCAGCUGGGGGAUCUAAUGCUCUGCCUGCUGAGAAAUCCAGCCCUCAGCCUUCCAAGGAACCCAGCACUAUCCCAGCUGGGGGAUCUAAUGCUCUGCCUGCUGAGAAAUCCAGCCCCCAGCCUUCCAAGGAACCCAGCACUAUCCCAGCCAGCCCUCAGCCUUCCAAGGAACCCAGCACUAUCCCAGCCAGCCCUCAGCCUUCCAAGGAACCCAGCACUAUCCCAGCUGGGGGAUCUAAUGCUCUGCCUGCUGAGAAAUCCAGCCCCCAGCCUUCCAAGGAACCCAGCACUAUCCCAGCCAGCCCCCAGCCUUUCAAGGAACCCAGCACUAUCCCAGCUGGGGGAUCUAAUGCUCUGCCUGCUGAGAAAUCCAGCCCUCAGCCUUCCAAGGAACCCAGCACUAUCCCAGCUGGGGGACCUAAUGCUCUGCCUGCUGAGAAAUCCAGCCCCAAGCCUGCAGAAUCCACUGUAGUCCCAGAUGUUGGGUUUAAUCAUCUGCCUGUUGAGACUAGCCCCCUGUUUACCAAGGGACACCGCACUGUCCCAGCUGGGGGACCUUACACACUGCCUGCUGGGAAAACCAGCCCUCAGCCUUCCAAGGAACCCAGCACUAUCCCAGCCAGCCUUCAGCCUUCCAAGGAACCAAACACUAUCCCAGCCAGCCCCCAGCCUUCCAAAGAACCCAGCACUAUCCCAGCUGGGGGACCUAAUGCUCUGCCUGCUGAGAAAUCCAGCCCCAAGCCUGCAGAAUCCACUGUAGUCCCAGAUGUUGGGUUUAAUCAUCUGCCUGUUGAGACUAGCCCCCUGUUUGCCAAGGAACCCAGCACUAUCCCAGCCAGCCCCCAGCCUUCCAAAGAACCCACCACACUCCCAGCUGGGGGACCUAACGCUCUGCCUUCUGAGAAAUCCAGCCCCCAGCCUUCCAAGGAACCCAGCACUAUCCCAGCCAGCCCUCAGCCUUCCAAGGAACCCAGCACUAUCCCAGCUGGGGGAUCUAAUGCUCUGCCUGCUGAGAAAUCCAGCCCCCAGCCUUCCAAGGAACCCAGCACUAUCCCAGCCAGCCUUCAGCCUUCCAAGGAACCCAGCACUAUCCCAGCUGGGGGACCUAACGCUCAGCCUGCUGAGAAAUCCAGCCCCCAGCCUUCCAAGGAACCCAGCACUAUCCCAGCCAGCCCCCAGCCUUCCAAAGGACCAAGCACUGUCCCAGCUGGGGGACCUGGAUCCAGCCCCCAUCCAGUUGUGGAGUCCAGUGCUCUACACACCCCAGAGUGUAGUCCUUACCCUUCAAAGGGGUCCCUCCCUCCAUGUGUCAUUUCCUGUCUGCUUGAACCAAAGUGUAUUAAUGCACUGAAGUCUUUUAUUGGCAUUGAUCCUCUGUAAAUGUGGCAUUUUUAAGGCAAUAAAACCAGUCAUCUUUCUGGUAAAA